AUGUUGGACUACUUUUCUUUGGCUUUUGUUGUAGCUGUGAAAGUAUUUAAGAAAACUACCCCAAAUGGCAAAGUCACGGUUUACCUUGGCAAACGUGACUUCAUUGAUCAUAUGGAUUAUUGCGAUCCUGUUGAUGGAGUAGUGGUUGUGGACACGGAAUAUCUGAAAGGAAGAAAAGUUUACAGUCAGCUGGUGACCACUUACCGCUACGGUAGAGAGGAAGAUGAAGUAAUGGGACUAAAGUUUUCCAAGGAAAUGGUUAUUGGACAAGAUCAAGUUGUACCAAUGGUAAAUUCUAAGAUGGAACUGACACCCGUGCAAGAAAAGCUGCUCAAGAAACUUGGCCCGAAUGCCUAUCCUUUUACUUUUAACUUCCCUGAUUUGGCACCCAGCUCGGUGACACUUCAACCCUCCGAAGAAGAUCAAGGCAAACCUAUGGGUGUGGAAUACUCCUUAAGAACUUAUGUUGCUGAGCAAGAAGACCAAAAAAGUCACAAGAGGAGCUCAGUGACACUAGCUAUUAAGAAGCUGCAACAUGCACCAGCCUCUCGUGGUCGUCGUCUCCCAAGCUCCCUUGUUAGCAAAGGUUUCACCUUCAGUAACGGCAAAAUCACCCUUGAAGUAACUUUGGACAAGGAAAUUUAUUAUCAUGGAGAAAAGCUAGCUGCUAACGUCAUCAUUUCUAACAACUCAAGGAAAUCUGUUCGCAACAUUCGCUGCAUGGUCGUGCAACAUGUUGAAAUUACAAUGAUCAACUCUCAAUUCAGCCGUCAUGUAGCUUCUCUUGAAAGCCGUGAAGGAUGUCCUAUUACUCCUGGAGCAAGCUUGUCUAAAUCAUUCUAUUUGGUUCCUCUGGCUCGCAGCAAUAAAGACAUUCGUGGUGUAGCUCUGGACGGACAUCUGAAGGAAGAUGACGUAAAUUUGGCAAGUUCAACUUUAGUUCCUGAAGGCAAAUGCCCAACUGAUGCUAUUGGUAUUGUGGUGUCUUACUCCGUUCGUGUCAAGUUGAACUGUGGCACUUUGGGUGGAGAACUUGUGACCGAUGUACCUUUCAAACUGCUGCAUCCAGCUGAAGGUACUGCUGAACGUCAACGUUUUAAUGCCAUGAAGAAGAUGCAAUCUAUCGAGAGACACCGCUAUGAGAAUUCUCUGUACACUAAUGAAGAAGAAGAAGAUAACAUCGUGUUUGAAGACUUUGCCCGUCUGAGGAUGAACGAGCCAGAAUAA